UGUUUUUUUUAAGACAUUUUGACCAACCAAACAUGAAAAAAUUGGACAUACCAAACACGCUCUUAGUGAAACUAUAAAGGUCACAGCUCUAUGAAGAGUUGAAUUUUCAGAAAAGGGAUAAGAGGAAUCAAACAAGGGGAAAGGAGUUGGGAAGAAACGAAUCAUACCUUUUAGCUAGAUUAUCUCGAUCCCUAAUAUUGGUUGAAUUUUUGAUCUUUUUUAGCAACCUUUUCAAAAUUCUGCCCCAUUUUAUGUUUUACUGGAAUGGUUACUUGUUCUGCUCUUGUACUUGAAAGCGGAAUGUGAAUUGAACGUGAGACAGUAAUUGAAGUUGGACUUGAAUGCAAAACCACAUUGGUAAAAAAUCUGUAAUUGUUUCUUUUCAGUGAAUACUCCAAGUGGCUUUACAACGCUUCUAUCUUUUGGAGCGCCAAUCAAAAAGCGCUAUUUAUUGGCAUUAUGUCAAGUUCAUGAUGGAAGAUCUGGCAACAUGUCGGACGUGCUUCAAACUUCAGGGAAUUCAAAAUGAUUGGGGAACACAAAGAAUAGUAAAUGGAGUUGAUCCCAAAUCUACACUUUCGAAGGUCUACAACCAUGUAGAUAAACAAGGUCAAAGAAAGAUAAUCUACAGUGAAGUUUGCGGAAGCGCAGUGUAUGCAAAAAAAUUUCUGGAACAUAGUGAGUUGGGCACUGUGACUUUCGAUCGGUUGGAGGAGGUGUUCCCCGAGCUCAUAUCAGGCAUAUAUAAGGAUUUGGUUGAAGCAAUUACCAAAGGACCUCACAAGGAAAAAUUGUUGAUUCGAGAUGAUAGUGGCCCAAAUAUAAGCGUUGAGCAAUUUCUUUGGAGAGAGCCCUCAAUCUUUAGAGUGUAUGAUGUUUAGUGGAUCAGAACCUGUGAAGAUGAUCAAAGAUGGACUUCAUCAAUUCCUAUUUUGUUUUUGUAAAUUUGAAGUUUAUGUAAAGAAGCUGGGCUGUAAUUUUGAGUUCAAGGAUUAAUGUCGCACUGUGAUUCGAACUUGCCACCUAUAGCAAUUUUUUAGAACUACUAACUAAAAGCUUCCCAUACGUCAAGGCACAACAAGAUGUUGAUUACUCAGAUCCAUUGCAUGACUU